AUGUCACACCCGUCACCGUGGAAUCGGCAAGAUGUACUUUACGUUCCCGAUUUGGACAGAAAUUUCGUGUCAAUUUCGCAAGCAAAAGAAAAAGGUAUAGAUGCAAUUUUUCUUAAAGGUGGUCAGCGCGUUAUAUUCCAGAAAGAUGAUCAUAUUUUGGCUGAUGACUAUCGUGAAAGUAAGCUGUAUAGAAAUAAUUUGAAACCCGUGAAUAUUGCUCAUUUGAACAACCCGACUUCAAUAAAAGUUUGGGAUGAACGCCUAGGUCACGUCAAUUUUGAAACUUUACGUAAACUGAGCAACAAUAAAAUCGUUAAAGGGCUGGAUGUUGAUACUAAGUAUCUACGUAGCAAAUCCGUUUUGUGA